GCCGGCCGGCCGGCCCCGGGCAUGGCCAGCGCGCAGCAGGGCGAGAAGCAGCUUUUCGAGAAGUUCUGGAGAGGCACCUUCAAAGCCGUGGCCACGCCGAGACCCGAGAGCGUCAUCGUCGCCAGCAUCACCGCCCGCAAGCCGCCGCCGAGCAGCGAGACACCGAGCUGCCUGUCAUGCCCAACGGAGGAGAGACACUUGGAAAAGCCGAGUGGAACCGCAGCUCAGGAAGCCUCCAGCACCAAUGGCUGUGUGAAAGAAAAGGACAGCAGACAGUACGCCCAUCACAGAUCCCGCAGCCCCUCACACGAUGAGGAGUACACGCCACCACCCCCAUCCCGGGGGAAGAAAAAGAAAAAGAAAUCCACACGUAAGAAGAGGAGGAGGUCUCCAUCGUAUAGCCCCUCACCUGUGAAGAAGAAGAAGAAGAAAAGCUCAAAGAAACGAAAAAGAAACAGGUUAUCUUCAAAGAAGAGAAGACACAGGUAA